GUCCCCAAGACAUGUAUAUUAUAGUGUGUGUCACCAUUCAAAGUAAAAUAAAAAUGGCUUCUUUGAACUAAGUAAAGUUACCUUUUAAAAAAGGUAAACAUUGUCUAUGCUUGAAUUUGAAACUUGGUAGAUCUGAAUGUGAACCUUUUUAAAAUAACUAACAUCCAUAUUACAUCAGCAUGACCUAAUUAAUGUGCCUCCAACUUAUUCUGUACUUUGAAUGUUAUAGCUGCUUUGAUUUGUAUAUGAACUAGAGCAUAAAGCUACAGUGAAUGAAAUGAAGUCUAGAAUAACCAAACAUUCUUGCUUUUUGUUGGUAAUGUUAUUGAUGUUCCAUCACAUUGUGGAGACACAAAUCAACCCAGCUGAUGAUCCAAACAAUGUCAAUGCUGCCAGUAAUUUGUUUUUCUUUGAUCGUAAAAGUGACUGCAAUGGCCCCAUUCGAAACUUGUAUGGUUUACAAGGGACUAUUAGGGGUUCUGACUUAGCCUCCCAGUUGCUGGGUCCUAAAGAAUGCAUGAUAAGGUUGAAAUCUGAAGGGCAGUUUGAUGGCAUUGUUCUUGAUAUCGAAGUGAAGGCAAUGAAUAUUCUAGACUGUUUGACAACUGUCACUAUUUAUGAUGGAGAUGGAAAACAAAAUAUACUGAUGUCAUAUGGCUGUCGGUCUGGUGAAUCUUUAAAUAAAAGGAGAUUUUAUUCAUCAGGGAAUACAGCAACUUUUGUUAUGAAUAGAGAAAACGUGAACAGCUACAGUUUUGAUAUUGAAAUAAUAGUUCUUCCUGUUAGAGCCAGCCAAGAUCCCAACUAUGAGAAUAACUAUGGAAAAGAAAACCCAUAUGCUUUUGACAAGUUCCCCCAGGAAUACAUAGUUGGCAUGCUCUCUGGCUUCUAUCUGUUUGUUGUAGUGGUUUGUCUGGUGGUCAUCUUCCGCACAUUUUUUCAAUUUAGGGUCCUGAAUAAAAAGUGGGAGACACAGCAGCUGGCUACCCUUAAAGCUAGCUCUGCUUAUGAUGUAAGGAGUCAAAUGACAUCACCAUCUCAGAUGACCUCAAUAGACCAGAUUAAGAGUCAUGGCCCAUCAAGUCAGUAUUCAAGGGGUACAACUCAGCCCACAGCGCGCAAAGCCCCACCUAGUGAGGAUGGUGAUAGUGGUGUUUAUUAUAAUGAUGAUAUCAAUCAGAAGAGAAGACUGGUCAAUGAGCAGAGAGUAAAUGCCAAGCCAACUAACAGUGUUUACUCUGAGCCAGAGGAGGCUCCUGAAAGCUUCAGGGAGAAAAUUAUCAUACCCACUAAGCACAAAGGUAAAAAUAGACGGCAACCACCAUCAUAUGAUGAAGCAGUAAGUGAUCAGUCUUCUGAUGAAGGGUCUCAGGCAUCCAGCAAUAGCUCUCUACCAAGAAAGAGGCCACCUUCUUCAGAUGAGGAAAGAUCUGUUAAAUCUAAAUCUUCUGAAUGGUCAAGAUCAACCACAAGAACAAGGUCAACACGCACUGCUUCUUCAUCUGAAACAGAAUCAGAAGAGAGUCACAGUGAAGGCUCAUCCAGUGGUCACCAGGCAAGAGCUCAAAGAAAAAAGCCUAAGAAACAGUCAGAGCCUAAGAGGUCACAGCAACCUCCUCCACAAAAGCAAACAAGGCAACAUAUGCCUCUUCCACAAAUGCAACAACCUCCCAGAAUGCAGCAGCCUUUUGUACGUCCUCCUCCAAUGUAUAGUGCCUAUCCUCCAGGACAGUAUGUUCCAAUCAUGAGUGGGCCCCAGUUUCAGCCUGUACCAGGUGCAUAUCCACCUCCUCGCUACCCAGUCCAGCCCCAGCCUUCUAGAGGGCUACAGGUUGAGCCUACAGAUGCACCUGUUUAUUCCUACCUUGUGCAAAGAGGCUACAAGCCAAUAGAUCCUGCAAGUAUAUCACAAAACAGUUCUGAUAGCCAUAGGUCAGGAGGUCGUAGGCUGGAAGAAUCUGACUUGAGGUUGGACAGUGGUGUAGAAUACAUGAAGCGUUAAGAACUAUGUGCGCUAUAUCAUAUAAGAUGUUUAUAAUUUAUAUUACAUCGAAUAUCAUAAGACAUUUAUAAACAAGUAAAUUAGUACAGUAGAACACCAUUACAAUGAAAAUUGUUUAUAACCUAAUUUCACUACAAAAAACAUUCUAUUUUUUUUUUAAUAUAUUAUGCAAAUAUGUUUGUUAAUAAUCCUUAAGUAAAAAAAGUAUAAGCUUGAUACAGUAAGUCACAAGGAAAAAAACAACAUUUCUAUGUAAAAACAACAUAAAUGAGCUAAACAAUUUUAAGUUGACCACAGCCAUCUUCAUUCUACUUUGAACAAAUGUCAACUUUUUUUUGACAAUAUUUUCAUUUAAAGUUGUGUAUUGUGCACUUGAACUGCUCACCCUUUAUCCAUCUUAGCACUAUUUUUCUUUGUGUGAUUAUCUAAUAAUGAAAUAGCAGAAAUGACUCUAAAAAUCAUGUCAGCCAUUGAGUUGUGAAUACUUUUUAUGUCAGUGUGUAGACUUGUGACUGUCUCCCAUUUUUCAAAAGUGCCUUUUAUAAAUAUAUAGUUGGUCAUUCAUAAUAGUAUGUAGACCACUUUUGUCAUCCAGGGGACUGAGGGCUUUGCACUGCAGUCUUGUAACUCAUGUGGCUGGUGAAAACUAUGUGAGCAAUUUAGUCCAGUCUGAGAUUGUGUGAAUUGCAUUGUUUUAUUUUCGGGCACUUUUCUUCUGCCAGUGUGAUUUCAACCUGGACUGCCAUCUGGUAGAUGGAACCAAAUGAGAGAUCUUGUUAUUGUAUUGGUGUAUAGGCUACUUUGAAUCAUGAUUCCAUUUGUUUCUUUUGCUAUUUUUUGUUCUUCUCUUUACAUGCUCACUUCUUGUUUGAAAACAUUUCUUUGUACUUUGAUUUGGUAAUGGAGAGAAAAAACAAUUCCAAAGUACAUACUAAAAUAGUGAAAAAAAUGUCAUUGGCCAUUACCCUUUUAUAUGAAAACUAUCACUUAAUAUGAUAUAAAACAUAUGAUUGACUUUGGUCUUGUGUUCUUAGUUGUAAUGAUGUUCUACUGUAUUUGUCUUUUAGUCUUUUAAUUAUUUAUAAGUUAUGCUUCACAGACAAGAUCUGAAGAGACAGUGAUGGCUGCACUGAUUACAUUACAAUCAUUAAUUCACUUAACAUUUGUAAAGUUUCCAUUCAGGACCAUCAUAACCUCACUGGCGCAUGUAAAUACAGUCACCUCAGAUACAAGAAGAAAAUAUAUGAAGUGACCACAGAUAGCCUAAAUAAAAAUAAAUGUUUUUGUUACUCUAAGGGCUUAAAGAAACCUUAAAAAAAGGUUUUCAGCAUUUGAAAUGUAGUAAAUGGACAUUGAAAAAUGGAAAGACAGCACACUGUAAUUGUAAAACAAAAAAUUAUGUGUUUGUCUUACAUGGAGAUAUCACAUACAACAACUAUGUCAAGAUGAAUCAAUGUCUUACAUGAAGAUAUCACAUGCAACAACUAUGUCAAGAUGAAUCAAUGGAGAUAUCACAUACAACUAUGUCAAGAUGAAUCAAUGUCUUACAUGAAGAUAUCACAUGCAACAACUAUGUCAAGAUGAAUCAAUGGAGAUAUCACAUACAACAACUAUGUCAAGAUGAAUCAAUGUCUUACAUGAAGAUAUUACAUACAACAACUAUGUCAAGAUGAAUCAAUGUCUUACAUGAAGAUAUUACAUGCAACAACUAUGUCAAGAUGAAUCAAUGGAGAUAUCACAUACAACAACUAUGUCAAGAUGAAUCAAUGUCUUACAUGAAGAUAUCACAUACAACAACUAUGUCAAGAUGAAUCAAUGUCUUACAUGAAGAUAUUACAUGCAACAACUAUGUCAAGAUGAAUCAAUGGAGAUAUCACAUGCAACAACUAUGUCAAGAUGAAUCAAUGUCUUACAUGAAGAUAUCACAUACAACAACUAUGUCAAGAUGAAUCAAUGUCUUACAUGAAGAUAUCACAUGCAACAACUAUGUCAAGAUGAAUCAAUGGAGAUAUCACAUACAACAACUAUGUCAAGAUGUAUCAAAUGUUUUAGAUCAAACUAUAUGUCUACCUUUUAAAACAUCUACAUUUUACACAAUGUAAAGAUAAUGUACAUUUCACAAAAAUAGUUUGGCUCAACUGUCUAAUCUGGCAGCAUCUUUUCUUCAACCUCUGUAAAUAUUUUUAAUUGUGUGAUUGCAGUGGCAAUAAUAAUUAAAUAUCCACUGCUUUUUUUUUUUUUUUUUUUUUUUUGUCCAUAUAAUAUUUUUACCUCAUAUUCCUUGUUCUAGGAUUAUUAUUUUCAGAUUUCCCUAUAUUUAAUGUAGAAUACAUAGUUUUAUCAGAUCCUAAACUUCUUUUUAUUUUCUCAUGAGUUCAAAACUAUCAUUGUAACUAUUGUAAUUAUAUAUAUAUAUAUAUAUAUGUAGAUUAUGUAGAUGUGAAUGUCUCUGUUCAUGAGUUCAAUUCAUAUAUGUUUGACUUUCUCAAUAAUUUUGUUGAUUCGUGUUAAAAAAAAGGGGAAAUACUCAAUUUCCAUAUUUGUGGAUCAAUAAAAAAAACAAUCUUUCAAAUAGAUUUGUUUAAAAGAUAUAUAUGUACAUUUUGUCAUGUGAUUAUAAAUAUUCUUAAACUAGACAAUGACUACAUUUCUGUGACUGUGCUAGCCUAGAUCAUAUAAUUGACUAAUUAUUUAUAUUAAGCUUUUAUCAACUCACUCUGCCUGUCUGGUAAAUAGUUUGAACAUAUUUUUUCUCUCAUUUCCCAUUCUUGGAUCAAGGUGAAACUUUGCACAGUUAUUCAUUUUACCUGACAAGACAUGAAUCAAAAAAAAAGAAUUAACCAAUUAGUUCAUUAAUUAUUGGUGAUAAAUUAUUUUGUUUGAUAUCAAUAUAAUGAAAAAAAACUGCUACUUAAUGAGAGAUGUGGAUGUACAUAUGGAUUUAAUCCCAUUGUUAUGUUUUGACAUGUUUCUCUCUUGAUUCCUAUUCUCUGAACAAUUUGAAAUUUAGCAUACUUAUUCAUAGUUGAUGACAAUACACAAUUCAAUCUAAAAAUUAAACAAUUAGUUAAUCUAUUGGUACUAAUUAAUUAAUUUUGUUUUAUAUGGAAGAAAGGUACCUCAACCCUGCUAUUUUCAGAUAAAAGGCAGUAAUUAGCUGUGCUUUUCCUUAGAUAACCUUUGUUUUUAAUUCUUUCUCUCCGUAAUUAUUUGUCCAUGUUUCGACAGAAUUCUUGAUUUUUGCUCAUUACUAUUUCACUAACCUGUUAUGAUUAAACAUGAAUAUUCUGCUGUUUGUUAUUGAAAAUGUUUUAUUUGGAAUAGAAUUAAAAGGGAAUGCAUGCUCUUCUUAUAUAACACAAAAAUAACAUUUAUAACAUUAAACAUGAAUUUAAUUUAAUAAGGUCAAAUCAAUGAUGGUAUCGUAAAUUAGGAAAGAAAGAGUUAAAAAAUAAUCUUUUCUUUUGGUUGUUAGUCUUGAAUUUAUCAUUUCGAACUUGUGUUAAAACAUUUUUUCCCCUGAAAUAGGUUAAUGAUUUGUGUAGUGUCAAUAACACAAUAUGUUUAAAUUUAAUCUGACAAACUAUUCAUGCAUGCACAUUCAAACAUUUUGCAAAAUAUUGUCUAAACAUUUGAUGUUUUUGUAAUUUCUACAUUUGUUAAUUAUUUUCAAUAAAAAAAAGAUGAUAAAAUAUUCUUAGAAAUCCAUCUA